CGCGAGCAGCGAAGAAGUGAGUUGGGCGCUGGCGCAGAUCAGCAGCCAUCGCACGGCGGUCGCAACGCAGGGAACGAUAAAACCUGCUUGCGCCCGCUUACCGUGCAGCUCGCGGUAAAGUAGACCUCAUCUCUUCCAUCUCGCAUCACCAUCAAGUAGGAAUAGCGCAAUUUUUUGCGAUGGGUGAGAAGGACUUCAAGCAGGAUGGCGCCGCGCCGUUCAGCGAGGAGAAUGGCAGGACGGCCACGAUGGCAGGCAUUGACCCGUCUGAGCUGGAAGGCCUAACGCUGUACGAGAAGAAAUGCGUCCUCAUCAACCGCGAGAUCGACAGCAACGGCAUGGGACGCUAUCAGUGGUAUAUCUGGUGCCUAUGCGGCUUUGGCUACCUCCUCGACCUACUCUGGGCAGAGGCGUUUGGCCUGGUGCUCAGUCCGUUAGAGCAGGAGCUUGGCUUCCCAGGCAACCAAUCUGGCAAUAUCUCGGUGGCUUUCUCCGCCGGUCUCACCGCUGGAGCCUUCGUGUGGGGUGUGCUGGUUGACAUUGUGGGCCGACGAUGGGCUUUCAACCUCACCUGCCUUAUCUCUGCCGCCUUCGGUUUAGGCCUGGGAGGGUGCAACUCUUACUCCGCCUUCCUCGUCGUUACGGCGUUUGUCGGGUUCGGUAUCGGCGGCAACAUUCCCAUUGACACCACGAUUUGCCUAGAGUUCAUCCCGCAAAACCGCCGCUUCUUGCUGGCAUUACUAUCCAUCUUCCAACCAAUCGGCGUCGUGGUAUGCGCAGCAAUCGCAUAUGGCUUCAUCCCAAACUACAGCUGCAGCCCGAACUUCUCCGAGGCAAACCCAGCUCCGCCUUGCAAUCAUGUCGCUGCGGGUCAGCCAUGCUGCACACGAGCCAGCAAUAUGGGGUGGAGGUACUUGAUGUUCACACUGGGAGCUCUGACGCUCGGAGUGUUCAUCUUGCGAUUUGGCGUGUUCCGCUUCCAGGAAAGUCCCAAGUUUAACGUUUAUCGCGGUCACGACGACAGGGCACUGGCUGCGCUAGCUCACAUUGCUCGCAUCAACAAACGGCCAUGCGGUGUCACGCAGGCAGACUUCGAUGCGCUGACGACGGAGGAGAACUCAACGACCAGCGCUACCGAGUUGAUUGGCGCUGGGAACAAGCAAUUACAGAAGUCAUGGAAGGAGAAGGUUAUGAUCGAGCUUGCUCGCUACAAGCUUCUUUUCAACGGCUGGCAGAUGGUUCGCUUGACGUUGUUGGUGUGGCUUACGUACAUUUGCGACUUCUGGGGCUUUACGCUUGCGGGCACCUACCUCCCCGCCGUUUUGGCGCAGAAGAACGGCAGCAUCAACCUCACGCUCAAGUUCACCUAUCGCAGCUAUAUCGCCAUUUACGCGCCAGGUAUUGUGGGCGUCGUGAUCGGGGCGCUCAUGUAUGGAGUGCCUCGUAUCGGCCGACAGCUGACCAUGAUCAUCUCGAGCGCACUCAUGGGAGUUUCAAUGUUCAUUUUCGCCACCGUCAACAACGAAGCGACCAACAUCGGAGUGAAUGUCAUGGAGUACUUCUUCCAAUCUAUGUUCAAUGCCGUGCUGUACGGAUGGACUCCUGAAGUCUUCGCCGCGCCUAUUCGAGGCACGGCAUGCGGUCUGGCUAGCUUCUGGGGCCGGCUGUUUGGCAUCAUCGCACCUCUAACCGCUCAGUCACUGAUUCCACAAGCUGGUUUGCACGGCGAUGCUCAGGCUCAGAACCGCAUCCUGUACCUUGCUGGUGGCAUCACGCUCGGCUGUGUGGUGACGGUGGCUCUUUUGCCGAACAAGGUGCUUGGCAGGCAGAGUAUGUGAGGAACAUCACGCAUGUACGCGACGAUGUCACGAGGAUGCUAAGGGUUCGGGAGGAGUGGAGCGGGAAGGAUAUUAUGAGCCAUCCAUGGCUGAACGCUACGAUCAAGGCCAGCUCGCCAUUCACCGCAUCUCCGACAUGCUUGGGAAUGCUCGUGUACGAACCUCAGACGUAUGGGAGAGCAUCUCGAAAGCCGCCACGAACAAGUUCGCAGACGAAGUCGUCGAACGAAAGCCAUGAUCGAAGAGCAUAUGCACUUCAGACUUCGUAGUAGCCAUUCAGGAAGUGGUUCCGGAGUGAGCUUGGCUUUCCGAUUUCAGCAGUGCUUAGCGACCCAUCAAGCGUCAGGCUCUUCCGUGACCCGGUUCAAAUGUUUGCUUCCACGUCUUAGGUCAUAUAGUCUCAUCUGCUUGCUUUUCAAUGAU